AUGGCCUGGCCCAAUGUCCUUGCCAGUGCCGUCGCCCUUGCUCCAGCGAUACUGGGCAUCAGAGCAAUCCGCCAACCAAGCCUGUGCCUCCAGGAUCUGGGGCUUACCCCAAGGAUCCUCGCUCGCCGACAGUCUGAAAUACCAACACGAGACACUGCUUCCAGGCUGAACACUCUCGCAUCCGACCCAACCGACGCGGCGGAGAUGAUGAUGCAACUUUACGGCACCAAGGGCAUCGCCCUGUCCUUCACCAUGUUUGCGUCGCUGAGAUACGGAAACAGGUGGACCGUCGCGUGGUCCCUACUGGCGGCCGUCCCGAUGAUCUUUGCGGACGGGGUAAUUAUCCGGCAGAGGAUCGGCCCCGGGAACGAAUGGGCAUUCUGGGCGUUUGCACUGCCCAACAUCGCAAUCGCAGGAAGGUUACUGGAGUGGUGGUAA